AUUUAGUUGGGAUUGGGAUCUGGGAGAGAGAGGCACUCUCGAAAUUGCUUCACCAGUUAUAAUCUCGGAACAUUUUCUUUCCUUUUCAGUUUAAUCAAUUUCCUUCUAAAUAUACAUAAAUUUUCCUAUUACGCAUCUGGUUGCUGUCAUUGGUAUAAGAGCAUCUCGGUCUAAAGGCACAUUGGAUGGUCUUCACCAGAACAAAUAUGGAACAUUGCUCGGAGAUUGUGGAGCGGAUGGUUGCUAAGACACGAACAAUGAUAGAUGAGCUGUGUAACCUGCUGAUCGACCAGAAUUGCCAGCGUUUCAGGGGACGAUUCAGGACCUCUAGGAAGCAACUUCCCUUUGAGAGUCAAAGUAUGAUCCGAUCGAGAGGAGAAUCCCACUGUUCGCUGGAGACAUCCAACCAACGUGAGAUGUCUUUAAACCAAGGACAUAACCGAGCCGGGAGGAAGUUAGAUCUGCCUCUAUUCAAGGGCGAGGACGCCUAUGGGUGGAUCGUCAGGCUUGAGCGAUUUUUCAGACUCAAUCACGUAACUGAAGAGGAGAAGGUGGAGAUGGUGUUGAUCGCCAUGGAAAACAAGGCUAUAAACUGGUUUCAAUGAUGAGAAGGGAAAACCAUUGAUCGCAGUUGGGAACAUUUUAAGGCGGCCUUGAUCCGUCGUUUUCAGCCAGAGCUAGUGCGUAACCCUUUUGGUCCCAUGCUGAGUAUCCCACAGAAUGGAAGUGCCAUGGAAUUGGGAGCAGUUUGAAUUGGUGGUAGAACUAAUGAGAAACAGAGUCGACGAGAUGCUGAAAGGAAUCUUCAUCGAUAUCUUAAAGGAUGAGGUACAUGCUGAACUGAAGCGCUACCACUCAGGUUCCUUAUCUGAGCUAAUGGAUAGAGAGAGCAUUAUUACUGGAAGAGAAAAACAAUACUCCGAGACUCGGCGUCACAGGGAGGAGGAUAAGCGUGGAUGGAAGGAGAAGGGAGGAUUGAUGUCCAGACCUCGGAACUGGAUAGAAGGAACCAAAUGGAGGACCAACCGUGGUAACAACAUUCAGGCUGAGAGAACUACCAUUGAAGCUAAAACAGAGGACUUACCAGGUUCAAACUUCAAAUCACAUUGGCAAAGGACAGAGGCUAUUCCAUGCUGAAGUACAGGAGAGAAGUAGGAAAGGUCUUUAGUCUUUACUUCAAAUGUGGAGACAGAUGGAGUAAGGAACAUGUUUGUGGAAUGAAACAUUAUCAAAUUGUCCAUAUGGAAAAGUUAGAAGAGGAGAAAGGACCAGAUGAACAACAGUCUGAACUAGAUGUAGCAGAAACUCCGAUGAGACCAAAUGCCAGAAUAGUUUCUUACCAUCCACCUUGAAGACAAGGUGGUAGUCAAAGGGGGGAGUGAUGAUAGGGACCUGGACAGUAAUAACACUAUUAAUAUUAAUAUUAAUAUCAAUAUUAAUAUUAAUAUUAAUAUUAAUAUUAAUAUUAAAGAAGAGUAUAAAUGUACAAUAGAAGAAGUAAGGGGAAUGUAAAUAAAGUGAUGAGGUGGCAACCUCAGGCUAGGCAUACGUAGUAUAAAUAUGAGCUGAGUGAAGAAUGAAAGAGAGGCAUAAAUUUAGUUGGGAUUGGGAUUUGGGAGAGAGAGGCACUCUCGAAAUUGCCUCACUUGUACUCUUUCCUUUUCAGUUUAAUCAUUUUCCUUUUCAAUAUACAUAAAUUUCGUAUUAUGAAUCUGGUUCCUAUCACUUAAGCGACAAUGUGAGAGCUUCUUGUGGGGAAUCAGUUGGUUUUUAACCAAUUGGUGUUGGUUCUUAUGUUUGUUACCCUUUUAUUUUUAUUAUAUAUAUAUAUAUAUAUAUAUAUAUAUAUAUAUUCCUUUUAUCAUUUUUAUCUUAUCACUUUUAUACAUGUCUUAUCUCUAUUUUAUAUUAGCUUUUUUAAUAAUUUUUAUCAUACCUUAACUUUUUUCCUUUCUUAUCUUUUUUCCCCCUUUUGGCUCCGAUAUCAUGUAUCAAUUCUCAUGUUAGCUGACCCCAAAUUCUUUUGGGGCUAAGGCUUGAAUGUUGUUGUUGGUGGUUCUUUCGGGAGCUGCUCUAAUAACGAGAGGACACAAGAAGUCAAUAAUUUAAGAGCGAUUUCUUGUGCACGGAGGUGUAUAGAUGGACGUUGAAAACCCAACGAAUUGUUCGAACAACUCAGAUUUACUUCUUUCAAGGGUUUGAGAUAUGUUCUUGGGAGCCCAAGAUAUUUUAGGCAAAGUUGGGAUCACCAGGUGUUAAUAAAAAAAUACACAUCUAAAAUAUAAAUAAUGAAGAAAGAGGUGAAGGUGGUUGAGAUGACAUGUAUGACAUAUUAAAAUGUGUCGGAAAAGUGAUUCAAUUUAUAUGGCAGGAAUGCAGGAUAAUCUGCUAUAAAUGUUCAUGUGUUAUCAUUUAAUUAGUUUUUCAUUUCCUGAAUUCACGUUGUCUUUUUGCGUUAGAGCUGCUGCGGGAGUAUGUGUCAGGACCAUGUCAUGCUGGUUGCAUUGAACUGUUCUCUAGAGAACUAUCAGCUGGGUGGACAUCUUGGGGUAAUGAACCUCUUCUUUUUCAAGCUUCCAAAUAUUUUUGUCAAGAAGAAGAUAAAUGAACGGAUCCAGAUUUAUGCCUACUCGGGACAGGGCCUGUUUAAAUGUUUUAAAGUGGCGGCUUUGAAUGGCUAGCAGUCUCCAGAAAUCACAUGGUAAUUAGCAUAUGUUUGAAGAGCAGAGCACCCUUGGUAACUUUGUAUCCACACAAGCAGGAACACUACAUGAAAUUGGUUUUGAUCUCCUCAGGGGUUAGCGUGGAAGGAUGGUAGAUCUUGAUCAAGGUUUUCUUUGAUUGCAAGGACCUAAGUUGGAAAACAACUGUACUCAUGUUUCAUCAUCUCCGGCUUUUUUCUACAAUAUUCAAUAUCUUUGUAAUUAUAUUCUAAAAUUCAGUGAAAACUGAAAACUUUAUUGGCGCUAGUAGAGAAUUAAAUGGGAAAAUAUCAGCAGAAC